AGUUACCGUGGUCCAAUUUGCACAUCCCCAAAACCCAAACUUCGUGUUUGCUUUGCUUAAUUUCCUUUUGCGUAGCGAGUCUCCCUCCCUCUUCAUUGACACUGCAAAACUCAAUAGGGUUGCUUUCUCCUCUAGUCUAGGGCUUCAUUCGAUUCACCCGCCAUGUAUCGAACUGCAGCUUCACGACUUAGGUCUCUCAAGGGUCGUGUGGGGAGUUCAGGUGCUGCCAGGUAUGCCACCGCAAGUGGGGUUGCCACAAGACCAACCUCAGGGGGUUUCUUUAGUUGGUUGACUGGGGAACGUUCAGGUUCUCUUCCUCCACUAGAAAUCCCACUUGCAGGCGUAAAUUUGCCACCCCCAGUACCCGAUUAUGUUGAACCAAGCAAGACCAAGAUUACAACUCUUUCUAAUGGUGUCAAAAUAGCUUCAGAGACAUCAACGAACCCUGCAGCUUCUAUUGGUUUAUAUCUUGACUGUGGUUCUACAUACGAGACUUCAGAAUCAUGUGGGGCUUCACAUUUGCUGGAACGAAUGGCCUUUAAAAGCACAACUAACCGUAGCCACUUGCGAAUUGUGAGAGAAGUGGAAUCAAUUGGUGGAAACAUUGGAGCUUCAGCUUCUAGGGAGCAAAUGGGAUACACAUUUGAUGCUCUAAAGACCUAUGUACCUGAGAUGGUAGAAUUGCUUGUUGACAGUGUGCGAAACCCUGUUUUCUUAGAUUGGGAAGUCAAUGAGGAGCUGCGAAAAGUGAGAGCUGAGAUCGCAGAAUUGUCCAAUAAUCCUCAAGGCUUACUUCUGGAGGCAAUUCAGUCCGCUGGUUAUUCUGGUGCAUUGUCAAAUUCUCUUUUGGCUUCUGAAACUGCACUGAACAGAUUAGAUGGAAGUAUUCUGGAGAAAUUUGUUUCUGAAAAUUACACUGCUCCUAGGAUGGUUCUUGCAGCAUCCGGGGUUGAUCAUGAGGAGUUGAUAUCACUAGCGGAGCCACUUCUUUCAGACCUACCCAGUGUUCCCAAUCCUGAAGAGCCCAAAUCUGUAUAUGUUGGAGGAGAUUAUCGUCGCCAUGCUGAUUCAUGGACCACGCAUGUUGCUCUUGCCUUUGAGGUCCCCGGUGGCUGGCGUGAAGAAAAGCAAGCUAUCCUUUUGACUGUUCUUCAGUUGCUUAUGGGAGGAGGCGGCUCAUUCUCUGCAGGGGGUCCCGGAAAGGGGAUGCAUUCAAGACUAUAUCUCCGUGUCUUAAAUGAAUACCAACAGAUGCAGUCCUUUUCUGCAUUCAACAGCAUCUUCAAUAAUUCCGGUCUAUUUGGCAUUUAUGCUAGCACUGGAUCUGACUUUGCCUCAAAAGCAGUUGAUAUUGCUGUAGCAGAAUUACAUUCAAUUGCAACACCUGGACAAGUUACCCAAGUGCAGCUUAAUCGUGCUAAAGAGUCCACAAAAUCUGCAGUUUUAAUGAAUCUGGAAUCUAGAAUGAUUGCAUCUGAAGAUAUCGGUAGGCAGGUUUUGACAUAUGGAGAGAGGAAACCUGUGGAGCAUUUCUUAAAGACAGUGGACGAAAUAACUCUGAAGGACAUCAUGAACAUUGCCCAGAAGAUUAUUUCUUCGCCUCUAACCAUGGCAUCAUAUGGGGAUGUUAUUAAUGUCCCCAGCUACGAAUCUGUGAGCUGCAAGUUUAAUUCUCGGUGAGGGCACUUCGGUCGCUUCGCCAUCAGCCUUAAUUAUAGAGUUCAAGGUUACUUCUUCCCAAACAUUCUUACUAAGGUUCAAUAUUGAAAUAAAUUUUAAUCUUUUGAAGGAAAAUUAUCCACAUUGAGUAUACCCGGGAUAUUUGGCUUUCUUUUUUGCCAUCUUCCUCGCUUGGAAUUUUUUAGCGGGUCUUUCUUUAAGCAAUUCAUUAUCAAUGAAAAUUUUGCAUUUGUUAUAAUUUUCUUUUCCUACACUUUGUUUUCUUUUUUCUAUUUUUUUGUAUGGAUAUACACGCUAUGAUCAAUCAUUCUUGUUGAAUAAAUGAUAAAAGCAGUGAGAGGUUGCUAUUU